UGGGAACCGCGUGGGGGCAAGAAUUUUCCCCGACCGUCAUUUUCAGUGUCCCUCAUUUCAUCUCUCACUCGGAAUAGUAAGUAUGUGUAUAUACAUAUAUAUAUAUACACGAGUCUUUGGUCACCGGUCAACUCCCCCACCCCCUCCAACACGCCACACUACUAUUACCACCUUUUCUUCAUUGUCUUCAAUCCAUCAAAACAAUAUUUUUCUCAGCAAAUUUUCCCACAAUCCAAACACCCCCUUUCCCACAUUAGCUAUCAUCUUUUUCUCUUAAAGGAACACGCAGUCAACUAUGAUUCAUGGUCCUUCCAAAAUGGGCAAGUUCAGGUUCUGUCUCUUCUACUUCCUCUUCUUCAUGUCUUGCAACGUCUGUUAUUCAAAGUUAUCUCCAAACCAGACAAGCACUAUGAUGGAAAUCUCCUCCAUUCUCAACAUCUCCGCUUGGAGUGAGCAAAACCCAUGUUCAUGGAACGGUGUUCUCUGCAGCCAACCCGACAACUUCUCUGUCAUUCGACUGUCUUUUUCUGGGUUCGAUCUCUCAAACUCUGGUUUCUUGCCACUUGUUUGCAAAAUCCAAACUUUGAAGGCUCUUGAUGUCUCCGACAACAGACUGAGCUCAAUCCCUGACGGGUUUGUUUCCAACUGCCAAAAACUUGAGGGGUUGAAGCUUUUGAACUUCAGCUCCAACAACUUUUCUUCUUUCCCAAGUUUUCGCGGGUUCUCAGCCUUGGAGGUUCUGGAUUUUUCUCGCAACGUACUGAGAGGAAGCAUUGGAGAUUAUGGAUUUGAUGGGUUGGUUCAGUUGAAGACUCUGAGCCUCAGCUUCAACUCUUUAACUGGUUCUGUUCCGACCAGUUUGGCCAAAAGUAUGGAGAAGCUCCAUGUUUCAGAUAAUCUGUUGGAUGGUUCUCUUCCUGAAGGAAUCGCAGCUUACCCAGAACUAACCCUAAUCGAUCUUAGCGACAAUCAUCUCAUAGGCCCAAUUCCCAUUUCGAUCGGUAACCUCUCCAAGUUGGAAACUUUUGUUCUUUCCAACAAUCAUCUAAGUGGGCAGAUCCCAAAUUCAGUUUCAAGCAUCCAAACGCUCCGCCGGUUUGCAGCAAACCGGAAUCUUUUCACCGGUCCGAUCCCCUCCGGGAUUACAAAACACCUGAGUAACUUAGAUCUCAGCUUCAACUAUCUAAACGGAUCAAUACCAGAUGAUCUUCUGUCACAGUCUAAUCUUGUCUCUGUGGAUUUGUCCUUCAACCAGCUGAAUGGUUCAGUACCACAACACAUUUCGCCGAACCUGGUUAGGUUGAGACUCGGAAGCAACAAGCUAACCGGGAUUCUGCCUCCGGCUGCAUUUGAGUCACUGGAAGAUCUAACAUACCUCGAACUGGACAACAACACCUUAACUGGACACAUACCUCGUGAACUAGCUUUGUGUCAGAGCUUGACACUCCUGAACUUGGCGGCAAACCAGUUCACUGGUUCCUUGCCUUCUGAUUUAGGAAACCUCAGCAAGCUUCAAGGAAUGGAAAUGCAGCAAAAUAAGCUUACCGGAAGAAUCCCGGACGAAAUCACAUUGUUAGGUAACCUCUUGAUUCUUAACAUCAGCUGGAAUUCACUGAGUGGCUCAAUACCGACCUCUGUUUCGCUAUUGGAGAAGUUAUCCAACAUGGACUUGCAAGGCAAUGAUCUAAACGGUAGCAUACCCGACAACAUUGGAAAUCUGAGCUCUCUUAUAGAACUCCAACUCGGGCAAAACCAGCUAAGCGGGGAGAUUCCGAUAAUGCCAUCAAGUUUGCAAAUUUCCUUAAAUCUCAGCCAUAACAGGUUUAAAGGGCAUAUUCCCGGUACGUUGUCUCAACUCACCCGCUUGGAAAUUCUUGAUCUAUCGGAUAACCAAUUCUCGGGUGAGAUUCCGACUUUUCUAUCCGGGUUAAACUCUCUUACAGAGCUCAUACUCUCCAACAAUCAGCUCACAGGAGAUAUUCCAACUUUCAACCCUAAAGUUCUACUCGAAACCAAUGGGAACCCUGGCCUCAGUAUCGAAAACACUACUCAAGAUUCUCAGAAAAGGUCAGUAAUAGAGAAGAGGAAACUGGCAGUGGUUCCCAUCUUUACCUCACUUGCAGCCGCAGUUCUUGCAGCGGGAAUCAUAACUGUCAUUGCCUUGAAACUCUCAAGACGCUUCAACGGAAUUAACGAUGUGCAGCUAGAUCAGAGGGAAAUAGGAUCAGCUCUACCUCAGGUCUUCCAUGGAAAGCUUCUCACUACCAAUGUACGGCACCGGUCAAUCAUAGACUUCACCAAAGCCAUGGAAGCGGUUUCUAAUCCAGAAAAUGCUCUGUCGAAGACAAGGUUCUGGAGUUAUUACAGAGUGGCCAUGCCCUCGGGUUUGAGUUACUUCAUCAAAAAGCUCAACACAAGUGACAGGCUGAUCCAGCUGGUCAGCCGUGAUAAACUGGAGCAAGAGCUCGAGAUCUUGGGGAAGCUGAGCAAUUCAAACGUCAUGGUCCCGCUGGCUUAUGUGCUCUCAAAUGAAGAGUGCUUGCUCUUCUACGAAAUUCCCGAAAAGGGUACCCUCUACGACGUUCUCCACAACCAUUCUGGAGAAGGUCUCGAUUGGCCAAGCAGGUACAGCAUAGCAGUGGGCAUAGCUCAAGGGAUCUCCUACUUGCAUGGAUCCUCCUCCCAUGACCGUGAUCCAAUCCUUCACCUCGAUCUCUCGAGCAGAAAGAUAAUGCUGAGGUCGUUAACCGAACCGCUGGUAGGGGACAUUGAGCUGUACAAGGUGAUAGAUCCUUCCAAAAGCACCACCAGCCUCUCUGCAGUUGCCGGAACCAUAGGAUACAUUCCACCAGAGUACGCUUACACAAUGAGGGUGACAAUGGCUGGUAAUGUCUACAACUUUGGGGUGAUUCUCCUGGAGCUGCUAACUGGGAAGCCAGCCAUGAGCCAAGGAAGCGAACUGGCUAAGUGGGUGCAGAGCCGGUCGAGCCAGCAGGACCAGUGUGAUCAGAUUCUGGAUCCUAGAGUGAGCAGAUCAUCACCGGUCACCACAAGCCAUAUGCUCCGCGUCCUUGGGGUUGCUCUCCACUGCAUUAACAUAUCUCCUGGCGCAAGGCCAAAGAUGAAGACUGUCCUACGAAUGCUCAUAAACUCCAAGUAAAUGGGACAUCACAUCACUUGUUAUUUCAGAAAAAAAAAAAAAGCAAUAUUUUGGGAAUUUUCAUUUGAUAUGGAUAUUUCAUCUUGCAUCCAUGUCAUAUUCAUCCCCAUUUUUUUGCGUUGCUGUGAUUUCUCGUAAUAAGAGCAAGGGGGAGAAAGAGUGAGGGAGAUAGUUUAUUUUGGAGCUGAAGCAAUGAAGGCCAAAGCCAUUUUUGUUACCCUUUUGAUGACUCUUUUAUCUCACCAUGUUGUUUUCUUUCUGUACUGUAUAGUUUUGUUCUUCAGGUAUGUAAUUGUCGUUUCACUCUUUGAGAGGCUCUUCGGCUUUUCAAAUGUAUAGCGUUUGCGUUUGCGUAAAAAUAAUCAAUCUGAUAAUCUUUUUUCUGAGUUUAUGGUGAAUGAUACAGACAAAAAAAAAAGCCAGGAGGGCAUAUAGAAGAAAUGAAUGGAAUAAAAAUGGUGAAUCGAGAGCUUAUACGAAGGCUUUAUUAAUGGUUCAGAUUCGGAAUAUGUUUCGUAUACCUCAUGGUCGGGGCUGCAGCCGUGGUUCGAUCCCGUGGCCCUUUCAGUUCGCUACUGCGCCAGAGAAU